AGCGAUUAGGUGUCUGUCUGAUGUACCGCCCACUUUUAAAUUUUACGUUUAAAAAUUCUGUCUGAAAAUGUCUCAAGAUAAUCCUCUUCAGCCACCUUACACCCCCUUCUUCGGCGCCAUUGGGGCAGCCAGCGCCAUCGUUUUUAGUUCCCUUGGAGCUGCCUAUGGAACUGCAAAAUCUGGAUGUGGAAUUGCAAACAUGGCCAUAUUGCGCCCGGAUUUGAUUAUGAAAUCCGUCAUUCCUGUUGUCAUGGCUGGUAUCAUUGCUAUCUAUGGUCUGGUGGUGGCCGCUCUCAUAGCCAACGGCAUUGGGGAUCCUAAGACGUCGAAAUACUCGUUAUACAAGAGCUUCCUGGACCUUGGAGCAGGACUUAGUGUGGGAUUGUCAGGACUGGCUGCCGGGUUUGCCAUUGGUGUGGUGGGGGAUGCAGGCGUCAGGGGCGUCGCACAUCAGCCAAAGUUGUUUGUCGGGAUGAUUUUAAUUUUAAUUUUUGCAGAAGUACUUGGCCUCUAUGGUCUCAUUGUGGCUCUCAUCCUAUCCACUAAAAAUAAUUAGUGUUGGCCUUCGUGCAUUCGUCUGUGUAAGUGUGUGCGUAUGUGUGUGAGUGUGAUAUGUGUGCGCCUGUUGUGAAUAAAAGGAUAGCCUUAAACAGUUAAGAGGCUUUCUUAAUUUUUUUCUUCAUAAAUAUUAGUUUCUUCUAUAGGUUCAUCAUCCAUUCAUUCACUUCAUUAUCUCUGUUUUAAUUGAUAUUUUGGAAAAUUUAUUUAUUUGUUUGUUUGUUUUAUUUAUUUAUUUAAUCAAUUAUUCUUACACAGAGUCGUGUUAUUUAUGAGUCAAUCACAUGUUCUUCAGUUUAAUUUUCUCCUCAAAGUUUCAUCAUGAAAGGCCUUAUUUUAUAAGUCCAGCUUAACUUCCAACCAUGUCUUUGAUCCUCUUUUUCAAUGAUUUAUCUUCUCAAUCAUGAACAUGUCAAUAAUUAUUUUCUUAUAACUAUUAUUUUUCAAGAUAUUCAUAAUUUUUGUGUUGUAUGAUGUAAGGGCUGUGAAACUCCGUAAAGUUAUUUCAAAGCAUCCUGUGAAUGUAUUUCCAUUUGUAAUUUAUAUUUACAAUGAUUUACCUGAUUUGGAAGGCAAUUAUUUUUGUAAUAAUAAUUGUAAUAAUAGUAAUAAUGGUAAUGAUAAUACUGUUGGCAGUAGUAAUAAUAAUAAUAAUAUAAAUGACAUGCAUUAAUCAUAUUAAUGAUGAUGGUCUUACACAACCUCCCAAUUACCUGUGACAUGUUACACCAAGUUGCCUUUUACUCUGAGUACAUUCUUUUAUUAUUGUUGUUAUUAUUAAUAUUAUUAUUGUGCUGUUGUGGUUGUUGUUAUUAUUAUUAUUAUUAUAAUUAUAUUCUAAUUUUUGCUAUAAUAUUAUUACUACUUGUUUAUAUUAUAACUUUUCGCAGUCUUAAUCUUCCAGUAUUUUCCAACCUUUACCAUGAUUGCUUACCAUUUUUACCGAGUAUUAUUACUACUGAUUCACUUUGUUGCUACUGUUUUGUCAACCAAAAUCAAAAAAUUUUUUUUUUCACUGUUAAUUUUAUAUACUAUUUUCUAUACAAACUUGAACACCAAUAUUAUAGUCACACACACGCGCGCGCACACAUAUAUAAUGUUGCCUUUGAAUGCUUAUAUAUAUAU